CCUCAGACUAAAAGCUGUUUCCUUCCAGGCAUCAGUGCUCUGCCAGACGCCUCAGCCCAGGGCCAAGCUCUUAACGCUUCCAGCAGCACCUCCACGUCACAAGGGAUCAACGGAGGGGUGGAGGAGGGUCCUCCUGGUGACGGAAGUCUCCAUGAUGCAUCCUCUUUUUCCCAAGAGUCUGUUGGUGCACCAGGACAGCCAGGGUCCUUCUUGUACUCCAUCUCUGGUGCCGAGGGACAUGGCAGUUCUUCAUCUCAGCUGCAGGCUCCAGGAACAGAGGGAGGACACGCUGACACCACGUCCCACGGUUCAGAGGCACCUGAGAUGGAGUUCAACGGUAAUGGUCACAAGCUGCUGAAUGGAGCCCUCGAGAAUGGCCAUUCAGCCUUAGGCACGGACCCGUUCAAUGAUGGAACCCCUCACACAGACUCCACAACAGGUGCUCUUGAGCCGUUUGGUACCGAUUCUCACCUGGACUAUACAGGCAUCAUAGAUGAAUCCAGUCAUGACUUCCUCAUUGGGUUGAUGGGUGGAGUUGAUCCCUUCGGUCCAGACAUUCACAUUGACACAGCAGAACACACAGGACUGUUACCACACUUUGAUUCCACAGGUGUGGAUCUGGACCCGGAGGCAGAUCUCGAUCUGCUGUCCAGUAGCAGCCCAUAUCCAGAUGCCCAUCCAGAACCUGACCACUCAUCUCCAGGCUCCUCCCCCGACCAUGUCUCAGGCUCAGACGACCCUCCUGCAGCAGACACAGGCAUGGGAGAUUACGCUGGCCACAUGGAUGCUCCAGACGCAGCAUCUGUGAUAUCACUUCCAGAUCAUUUACCCAUAGAUUACCCAGAUGUCUCCAGCACAGACUCAGCUGACUCUAAUGGGAAUGGUCGACAGAGUCUGGUUAUUGACACCCAUGGAGCCACUGUCCUGGUAGAUGGUGUGGACGAUGUUUACACCUCCACGCCUGCACCAGUGCUGGGAGACGUCCACAGUUCCACUGCCUCGGACGCUCCAGGGGCUGAUGAUGUCACAGUGACCAGUGGACUUCUGAACUUUACAGAAUCCGAGUUUGGAUUAGGACAUAAUGUCACAGGAGCUGGAGAUUUUCACAUUGUUGUCGACCACACAGAGUCAUCAGUUACAGGGGUUCCGAGCAACACUUUUACCCAGACUGAUGCUGUAGGCACUCACACGGCAACAGACACGGCAACAGACAUGGCAACAGGCACGGCGACAGACACGGCAACAGACAUGGCAACAGGAACGACAACAGACACGACAACAGACAUGGCAACAGACAAAGGAACAGCGGACCCACAAGCUGCCCGUGGUUCCAGUCAGCCUGCUGGAACAGAACAGUCACAGCUGGCUGUUCCAGCAGCUGAACAGUACAACACAUCUGGUCAGGGUCCUGAAGGUGCAGAAGAUGUGGAACUGGAGGAUACCUGCUGACUUCCACAUGAAGCCCAGGGUCCACUUCCUGCGUUAUCGUUUCCAAUGCACGGACCAAUCAGCACAGCAGCCUCCCAGUGACCCCGCCCACCAGCAAUAGUCCUCUGUGUCUGUGUGUUUGUUUGAACUAUUUAAACUUAAAUAUGACACUGUAAAUUCAAUUUCUACACUCUUGUUAAUAACUCCCUUUCCAUGUCCCUGCGCAAGAAGACGAUGUGAGAAACUUGUUUCAGAUGAAAGGAGUCCCAAUGAAAGGAUUUUCCCCUCCCUCUAAAAACUGUUGUACAAAACUCAAAAAUUUAAUUCAUCUUUGUGGUUUGUUAUAUUCUAAAGUACUGUAUUUCCAUAU